AUGGCGUCAGCUCCAUUCAAGGUAUCCGUGACUCCCUCAUUUCCCUUCAAUCAUAUCGUAUCCCUGGAGUUGGAUACACCAAUAGCACGUCUGUCGAAGCCAUCGUCACUGUCCGCAUUUGUCCACCAACUUGCGCACGCUUUCCGCUCAAAGCCUGAUGCAAUCACCAUCCGGAAUAUCACCGGAAACGCAACGAAGAGCCUUGUCACUUGGAGUAACAACACUGUGCCACAUAAGAUUUGUGCCCACCCAGCUCUGGAGAGCAUUCGCCAUACGAUGUUGACUCGACAACGCUCUCAAACGAAAAUCGAGUUCGUGAAGCAGGUCGGCUCCCAAUUUCAUGUUCGCAAAGCGCAUAUGGACCUAACCGGCAGCUGUUUGGAUAAGGAAGUGGAGCCAGUCUCAACGGCGCCCACUAUGGAAGCAGCCGAUCAGGCCGCAUUCCCAUGGACAGUGUUCUUUGGCGUACUGAUCCUUGUAUUGCUGUUAACUAUUCUAAUAGAAAAGCCAUCUGACUAUAUGGGCAAAGGAAUGCCUGUGGUUUUCCCAGAAGAAGUCGCUGAAGACGUUGAAAUGGCUCAUGCUGCAACGCCAAUGCUGACAAAGGAAGAACGACCGCCACUUAAGGUGUCCCAGCACGAAAACCCUUUGUAUAAGCCACCACCACCUUUGGCCGCUGCUUCACCCAGAGUAGGCUCUGCUGCAACUGUUCCGAACCAAAGGAUGCCACCUACAUACGUUCCGCCGUAA